GGGUAUUGCCAACAUUUUCCAACAUGGCGCUUCAGCCGGAUCGUCGGGAGCUCGGCUACGAGCAGACUUUGAUGUAUGGCAGGUACCGGCAGGAGCUGAGUCAGUUUGCUAAGAAUGAGGCAGCCAGACAAAGGGAGGAGAAAAAACGACAGAAGCAAUUAGAUGAUGAAUUCCGACAGUAUAGAGGCACCUGCUGCUAUACAGUCAAAUCUAACUUGAUCUGGUUCCGUGACUUUGUCUUCAGUAAGAUAGGGGAAGACUGGAUUUUUCUAGCUCUCCUUGGCAUCAUUAUGGCCUUGCUGUCAUUUGCUAUGGACUAUGCCAUCGCUAAAUGCCAAACAGCUCAAGUACAACUCUUUAUGCUCUUGAAGGGCCUUCCUGUUCUACAGUACUUUGGCUGGGUUGGCUUCUCUAUAAUCCUCAUCAUAUUCUCUUCAGUAUUUGUGCAUCUAGUAUCACCCAAUGCUAUAGGUUCUGGAAUACCUGAGAUGAAGACCAUUCUAAGAGGUGUGGUACUGAAGGAGUAUCUAUCAUUCCGCACUCUGAUAUCCAAGGUCAUUGGAGUGGCAGCAUCACUUGGCAGUGGCCUACCCAUUGGAAAAGAGGGCCCCUUUGUGCAUAUUGCCAGCAUCGUGUCCACCAUGCUCAGCAAACUCAUUGUCACAUUCAAGGGCAUCUUUGAGAAUGAGUCUAGAAACAGUGAGAUGCUAGCGGCAGCCUGUGCCGUGGGUGUAUCUUGCAACUUUGCUGCCCCCAUCGGGGGUGUGCUGUUCAGCAUUGAAGUCACAUCCACUUACUUUGCUGUACGGAACUACUGGCGAGGAUUCUUUGGUGCUGUGUGUGGAGCAUUUGUCUUCCGGCUGUUGGCUGUGUGGAACAAAGAUGAAGAAACGAUCACUGCUCUUUUCAAGACAACCUUCCGAGUGGAUUUCCCAUUUGACCCUCAGGAAUUAAUUGCCUUUGCUUUUAUUGGUAUUGUGUGCGGAUUUGGUGGCGCCCUUUUUGUGUUUGUUCACAGGCGCAUUGUAGACUUCAACAGAACACACAAGAAAGUCAGUGCUUUCUUGAUGAAAAAUCGCUUCUUGUAUCCCUUGGUGGUAUCGCUUGUCAUUUCCUCCAUUACGUUUCCCCUGGGUCUUGGACAGUUUAUGGCUGGAGAGUUGACUCAGAAGCAGCAGAUUGACGAGCUCUUCAGCAACACAACGCUAGGGAAUGAUCCAACAGCCACCAUAGACGAGGAGAACAAGUUUAAGCCUUGGCAUCGGCCCAAUGUCUUUGUCACUCUUGGUGUCUUCAUCGUCAUGCAGUUCUGGAUGACUGCUCUCGCUGUCACACUCCCAGUACCAGCUGGAGUGUUCAUACCUGUUUUCACAUUAGGAGCGGCUUUUGGCAGACUGGUGGGUGAAUGUAUGGCAGCAUGGUUCCCCCAAGGUAUACAUACAUCGGAUGCUGUCGUCAACAAAGUCAUACCAGGCGGAUAUGCUGUAGUGGGUGCAGCAGCAUUGUCAGGCAGUGUCACCCACACUAUAUCAACCUCUGUCAUAGUCUUUGAGUUGACAGGCCAAAUCACCCAUAUUCUACCCGUCAUGAUGGCCGUGUUGAUUGCCAAUGCCAUUGCCCAGUUACUGCAGCCGUCCUUUUAUGACAGCAUCAUCCAAAUCAAGAAGUUGCCUUACCUACCAGAUAUCAGCCAUGCUGGUUCUAAGACCUAUGAGAUAUUUGUUGAAGAUAUCAUGGUGAGGUAUGUCAAGUUCAUAUCCUGGCUCUCAACGUAUGCAGACCUGAAGGAACUUUUGGAUACUUCUCCCAAAUUGCAGUCUUUCCCACUGGUUGAUGCUCCUGAGUCCAUGAUCUUGCUGGGAUCAGUGCAGCGUAGUGAACUGGAAUACAUGAUAGAGAAGAAGAUUGGGUUAGCUCGGCGGCUGGCAGUAGUAGCUGACAGGAAGAGAGCCCAGGGGCAAAGCCAGCCAAGCCCCUCUGACCGCUUCUCUGUUGUCUCCUUUAAUGCCAAGCCGGAUGAAAACAACUCACAGCAAAUUUCCAUCAGAGAUGCUGGUAACAAGGAUGCAUCGGCUAUAAGUCUGUCCAACUUAGAGCUAUCACUCACUGUCCUGCUUCGGACUUCCCCGCGUGCAUCCCCACGGUCAUCCUUUUCCAGUCAGGGUAUGUUUAGGCGCUAUGGCUCCAGAGAUAGCAUACAGAGUUCUAGUACCGACUCGUUGGAGGGUACCAAAAAGAAGGUCCGAGUCUAUAAGCUGCCAAUUGGAGAGUUUGAAGACAUGUCAGUGGAGGAGCAAGAAGAAUGGGAAGCUGAUGAGCUGAAAGUCCAGUUGGACUUUAGUGAGGUCCACAUUGAUCCUGCCCCCUUCCAGCUUGUCGAAAGAACCUCAUUGCACAAGUGUCAUUCCAUGUUCUCCCUGCUUGGCCUCAACCACACCUAUGUGACAACUCUUGGACGACUGGUUGGUGUGGUUUCUCUCAAAGAGAUAAGGCGAGCUAUUGAAAGGUCCGCGGAGAGCAACAACCGUGGCUCCUUCAGGAGAAGUCAGACGGAGGAACCACAGAACAUCAUCCAGGCAGAAAGGUCUUCAAGCUGACUUCUUAACAGCCAAGAGAGUAUCUGAAUAACCUGGUCCUGACUUGCCCCUCUCACCUAAUACACCCCAACCCCAAGCCCUCCCAUGCAUGAUAUUCCUCUAAAUAUCCAAACAUCUUCCAUAUCCAUGGAUAUACAGGUGUUUAGUUAGAAUGUAGUAGUGAUGAAAUGUUGCCAAACUUUGUAGCUCUUGAGAGUAUUUUGAGUUUGUAUUGAAUAGUUCAAAUAUCGCCUAGGUUCAUUGGGUAGUCAUAUAUACCUGAUUGUUUAUUGAGCUACUAUAAGGAUACUUUGAAAUAUAAGUAUUUUGAAAAUAUCUCCAAACAGUCCAUCUGCUAUUUGUACAUUGCAAUGAAAGUUAUUGAUGCUGUAGGAUAUGUGUUUCCAUAUGUUACUACAAUUUAUGUUCAAGCUACUUUGCAUGUAUAAACUUUAUGGAAAAAUACCAGAGGUUCAUUUGGCCUUAAGCACUGAGUGUAACUCAACAAAGAUACUUGGGCACAUCAGUAGUAAGUUGAUAAAAUUUGAAUUUAAUCUUCCAUAAAUAUCAAAUGACGGCCCAGAUGCUUUCUUGGCUGAUACCGAAUGUGUGUAAUGAAGUACUUGCCAGCGAGGGAUAAAAUAACGAUUUUACUUUUAAUAUUUUCUGUAAAUUCUACAAGACAUUUUGAAGGAUAAUGGUAGAGUUGUUGAAUGCUUCUUGUGGCCCUUUUCACCCAU